CAUUGAUCACUAAAUAAAAUGUAAACAAAUUUUACAGUCUAUUUCGUAUAUGUAUUUAUUCAUGCUUAAUACGUAUUCACCUGCCUUUAACAAGUUUUUUUGAAAUCAUCCUUUAAUAAGAUUGGUUGUUAACCGAAAGAAGAAUUGUUAAGUAGUGAUGACCACAUGAUGCUCAGCUGGAUAAUAUUGCAGAUAGAUUAAUGAUGACAUCUGAUAUUCAUUAAAGCGGUCUAUGGAGACAUGCAAACAUCUGAUGCUAUAGACUUGAAAACUGGAUACAGCCAAAUAUAAAGUGGAAACAUCAGCUUAUGAUAUAUUUGUAACAACCAAAAUGGAGUUGGAAACAGCUGAUGUUAAACAUAUUAUGGAAAUAGAAACAUCUCAAAUUAUGCCAAAUUAUGAUAUGACCACUUCCGAUUUACCCAGUACAAGAAUUAAAUCAUUAAAAAGAAAGAACAAAAAAAGUUCAAUUAAAAGGCAGCGUUCAUAUUAUUGCCCAUUCUGUGACAGAGUUGAUAAGCACAAAAAUAAUAUGAGGCAGCACAUUCGGUCACAUACAGAUGAACGGCCUUAUAAGUGUUCUUGUUGUGAAAAAGCUUACCGAAAGUCAUCUGCUCUGAAAGAACACCAAAGGCGUGUGCACUUAGGUGAACCUGUGCAAAAAGGAAAGCAGCCUGAGGUUCUUAAAUUUAAAUGUGAGAUCUGCCCUAAAGCAUUUUCUGCUAAAGGUUCAUUUGACAGACAUCUUCGCUCACAUUUCAAUGAAUAUGUGUUCAAAUGCAAUAUCUGUGACAAGACAUUUAGGCAUGACUCUACAUUCAAUAGGCACAAAAAAUAUUCCCACCAAUCAGUUGGUCAAACAAAUAAAUGUAACAUUUGCAAUAAAACUUUGAAAGGUUGCAAGUCAGACUUGAAAAAACAUAUCAAAACCCAUUUGAAAGAGAACAAGAAUAGGCGUCGUCUUAAAAAGGAACUGGCAAACAUGCAGGAGGACCACAAUGAUACUGUGACAGUGAAGGAAGAAUGUGACACUGACAAUGAUCUCCAAACAAACAAAAUAGAAUGUAUAGUUGACACUGAACAUACAAAAAGUAGAAAAGCUGACAAACAGCAAGAUUCAGCUGCCAAAACUGCUAUGAAGGUUACUUUUAAGGCAGUGCUUGACUUUAGUAAUGAAUGUAAGAAUGUUGCAGAUACUUUAUCAACAGUUAAAGAUUCUGAAUAUUCAAGUCCUGAAGAGGAUGAAUCAGUUUCAUAUGAUAGCUGGGACAGUAAUGAUUUCAAUUCAGAUACUGAAGAUGAGGCUGCAAUGUGUAUUGAUGCAUAAAUAUAUGAAUUAUGCAUGGUGAAGAAAAAUCUUAAACCUACAUUAUUAUAGUGAGUCAUAACCUACAUACCUGUAGUCAUUUUUUCGUGUAUUAUUUCAUGAAUAAUGCAUGGUAAAGGAAUAUCUAGAACCUACAUUAUUAUAUUAAGUCAUAACCUACAUAGUCAUUUUUAUGUUCAUUUAUUAAUUAAUGAAUAUACAACAAACGAACACAAUAAGAUGCUGAAAGGCAUAUUGUAAUUGGCCUCUCCGUUUGUUUGUUUUUCAGGCCGUCUAUCUGUUCAAGGUUAACCCAAAAAUGAAGUGUUUCUUCUAACAUUAAUAUAACAAAGCUCUCAUUAAUGCAUGGCUGAUGUCUUUUGACAUUAUAUACACACCAGCAUCAGCUGGCCUCAUUUUGACCUGAUAUUGACCUAAUUUUGGACUAAGACUAGGGUCUAAAUUGUUGGUUAACCCAAUAUUAUAUGCAUUUCUCCUAAUAAUAUUAAUAUUAAAAGGCGGGUUACAUAAAAUUAGCUUGCUACACAGUUUUGAAACUUAAGUAACAUAGAUGUUAUUUUUUUGUACCGUCAUACUUUUUAAGCCUACUGAUGCCGAAUUAAGGUAUACAGUGAAUGGGCCAUUAGUGCCUAUGAUAUAAAACCAAAAUAAAGUGUUUCUUCUAACAUUAAUAUUACAAAGCUUUCAGACAUGCAUGGCUGAUGUCUUUUGACAUUAUAAACACACCAACAUCAGCUGACCUCAUUUUGACCUGAUAUUGACCCACUUUUUGAGUUGGACUAAGGUCUAAACUCUUGGUUAAGCCAAAAAUUAAUGAUGCAUAUCAUCUUAAAGGGCCUUUUAUCACAGAUAUGUGUCAAAUGUGUCAAGGUCACUGUCUCAAUAAGUAUGAAAAUCUAUUCUAAUUAAUAACUUGUCAUCCAAUUUACCAAUUGGCUUGAUACUUCCCAUACGCAUUGGCCUUGGACAGUAGAUGACCCCUUUUGGCCUGCCAUUGGACAUUUAAUGACCUCUAUUGAAAUUGGGGUCACUAGUUCAAAGCCCUGUUUGGGAGAGGGUGCAUAUAUAUCGGACCACGAACCUCUUGUUACAAGUUGUAUAGCUGUUAAAUUAUAUUUUAUACUUUUAUGUACAGGGUACCUGCACUGCAUUCUUCUAAAGAGGUAUCCUUUAUCCAGUAUUUGCUUAAUUUUUUGUUUCCCACAAUUUUAUUAUCAUAAAAUCAUAAUUCUUAUUAUAGUUUUAAACUUCUACCGUAUUUUAUUAACACUAUUUGAUUUAAUAUUAAUCAAGACUUCAGUGAUAAAAAAGUAUGUUUUGUUGGAAGAUUGUACGUUUGAGUGUCUUCACAAUAACACUUAUCAAAUCCUUCCGGACAAAAACAGUUUUAUUUAGAAAAGCUCAAAUGGAAUUUAUAAUUAUAUCUGGUUCAGUGAGACUGGUCAACAUUUUCUCUAACUGUACAGAUUGUUUGUAAAAUAAUAAUUUAAUUAUUUCCAUGUAUUUCAUUUGAACUGAUAUGUUUUCUUUUGUUCGUAACUGUAUUUACAAACCCAUGUUUUAUGUUUCAGUAUGCAUAUUUUAUAGUUAAAUAUCGAUUGUUUGAUUCAAAGAAAAAUUAUGUUUGUUUUAGUCUUUGUAUAUAAAAUAUGUAUAA